GUAAAUAAUAAUCCGUUAAAUAUAAAAUGCAGGUUAGGUGUAAAUCUAGUCAUAAUGUUGAAGAGAUAUGACAAAUGAAUGGGUCCCUUCAGAGAUCUCAGAGUCAUCAUGUUUUUGAUAACACAAAGUAUAGGGAGCAUUCUACAACAGCAGGUAUUUCAGCUUAUUUUCUGAUGUAUUAAUGGGACUUUAGAAACUCUCACAAAUAAAAUACUCAGUCGCUUGAAGAAAUUUGAUAAUGAUUUGACAACAUCAAAAGAGAACCAUAAGAGAAAAAGAGAAGUCUCACUCAAGAAGUUGCUCAGAUCUGCGAAAAGAAGAGGAAAUUCAGCUGUUUCUCUAAGUGCAAGACUCUCUAAUUGGCCUCAGCAGAGUCAGAAUCAGCCUCAGAUGAACUCUAAUUACUCUUAUAAGCCAGUUAUGUCAAGCUCGAGAAGCCAGAGAAUGAAGGUUCUGGGUGAUAAGUCAGAGAAUUCUUCAUCAACACCAAGCACAAAUCCAAAGAGAAAGAGCUAUAAUUACAAACCAAGGAAGAUCAAUCAGAUAUAUGAAAACCCUCUCAAUUCUAAAGUGCUGUUAGACAUGAUCGAGAAAAAGCGAAGAGGAGAGAAUCUCAACAGUCGACCUGACUUUGGCCCUUCUGCUGGCAGCUUUUCACCCAGUGAGAGUGCUCUCUGCUCUAGAGCUUCUGUUAAGUAUGAUUAUAAAGAAGACCCUCAGAUUAUUGCCAAUAAUCCCUUCAAUCAAUGAUGGUCAAAGAAUCAGAGAGAAAAGAUUUUAAUUGAAGGAAAAGUCUACAAGUAUAACAUGGGUGAAAAGAACCCAUUCAUGGACAGAUGGCUGCAAAUAACCCAAAAGGGUUUCCUUCGGGUUUACAAGAAUCACCUCCAGAGCUUGUCAAAUCCUAAAGAAUACCUUUUGGAGGUUCCUUUAGAGAAGAUAGAGGAGGUUAAGAAAAUACAUUUCACAGAUGACCACUUAAGUGACAGUCAUUAUGGAAAUAUUCCGAAGUACUGUUUCAUGUUCUUAUACACAGAACAAGCUAUUCAGGAAAUCAUAGAAAAAUCUGAGCAAAAGCUUCGUGAGGAAUGUGUUCAGAAUAAGGAAAAUAAUUGCCAUUUCCAAAGAGUAAGCACUCAUAAGAGUCUUAAGAAGCUUCCUACAAACAAAUAAAGCUAAGAAACCAUUGAAGAUAAAGACAAAGGAAGAAAGCGGCUUCUUCAAGUGAAAGAUUAAGGCAGAGAAUGAAAUUAUCCUUGCUGCUGGUAAUAUGGCCCACACACCUAAGUUUGAUGAAGAAAUCAGUAGGCUCCACAAUCCUGAUUACAUCCCAGACAUGAAAAAGUGCUCUAAACUGGCAGUUGAGGACAACUGGAUCAAGAAGCAGAAGGAAAAGAUCAUCAACGAGAAAAGACUUCUUUUUGCUGUAGAGGAAUCUGACUCAAGAAGGGACUGGAUAGAGACAUGCUCUAAUCUCUUAGAAUCUCAGAGAAAGUUCAUGUAGCCAAUAAUUCAU